CAGACGGCUGUCAACAGAGAUGGCGCUGCGCGAAGGAGCCUUGCGUUUAAACCUGCUAGUCAGCAGCCGUAAUUUGUACAAGUUCAACUCAUUUAUUGGUGUCCGGUCUUUGUCUGAAAAUGUGUCAUCUAAACCCGAGUCGUCCAGUGCCCCAGAGACCGCAGCUGACCAUUUAAUCUACACACAAGAGCACUUUGCAUUAAAGGAGUCCCUCAGAAAGAUCAUCGACCAGGAGAUCAACCCUCAUGUGGAUCAGUGGGAAGCAGAAGGGAAGUUUCCAGCCCACAAAGUCUUCAAGAUCUUAGGAAGUGCCGGUUUUCUUGGAGUUAACAAACCAGUCGAGUAUGGAGGCCUGGGUCUGGACUUCAGCUACAGUGUCGCCGUGUCCGAGGAGUUGGGAAACAUCCGCUGUGGAGGCGUCCCCAUGGCAAUCGGCGUACAGACUGACAUGACUACUCCAGCACUGGCCAGGUUUGGAUCAGCUGAAUUAAAGAAAGAGUACCUCCUUCCCUCCAUCAUGGGAGACAAAGUGGCCUGCCUGGGUGUUAGUGAAGUCGGAGCCGGCUCUGAUGUCUCAAGUAUCAUGACCAAGGCUGUGAGGAAAGGGGAGGAAUAUGUGAUUAAUGGGGGGAAGAUGUGGACUACCAACGGUACCCAGGCUGACUGGAUGUGUCUCCUCGCCAACACCAGUGACGGCCCUCCACACAGGAACAAAUCUCUCAUCUGUGUGCCCAUGAACCUGCCUGGAAUACACAUCGCCCGCAAGAUUGAUAAGCUGGGCAUGUGGUCAUCGGACACAGCUGAAGUGUUCUUCGAUGACGUCCAUGUUCCCUGCAAGAACAUCAUCGGCCAGGAAGGCAUGGGCUUCACCUAUCAGAUGCUUCAGUUCCAGGAAGAGAGGCUCUGGGCUGUGGCCAAUAUCCUAACCACGAUGGACAUCAUCAUUCAGGAAACGAUCCAGUACACACGGCAGAGGAAGAUCUUCAAGCAGCCUGUCCUCCACCACCAGGCAGUUCACUUCAGGCUGGCAGAGCUGCAGACGGAGGUCGAGCUGCUACGCUCCCUCCUCCACCGUGCAACAGCGUUGUACAUUAAAGGCAAUGAUGUGACCAAGCUGGCAUCCAUGGCCAAGUUAAAGGGGGGCCGCCUGGCCAGGGAGCUGAGUGACAGCUGUCUGCAGUUUUGGGGAGGAAUGGGCUUCACCAGUGACGUGCUGGUCAGCAGAUUCUACAGGGAUUCCAGGUUGAUGUCGAUCGGUGCAGGGGCUGAUGAGGUCAUGCUGGGAAUUAUCUCUAAGUACAUGGACACUCUACCCAAGAAGUGAUGUCAUAACCUGAUGAAGUGCUUAUCGUUCACCGUGAAUUGCUGAACAUUGUCCACCUGAAGUGCUGAUGUGAUAGUUCUAAGGGUUUAAUAUCUACAGGAAAUAAGAUUGUUUUUAAUCCUGCCUUUGAUUGUUCAAACUAUACUGUUUGUGGACAGUGGAACACUUACGUCCUCAAAGCACAGAAUAAUGUCUGAUUGUUUUGUUUUUAUCUGACAAUGUGAAUAGCCUACAUGUGAUGUAGUGUAAAUUGUAAAGACUGAGUUGAAUCAAUGUUUAUCCAUUGAAGUCAAAAACCUAUUUUUUAGUCUAGACAGAAAAAAUUAAGUGCAUUAAAAUGAAUUGUAUAAAAUAAAUAUCAAGCAAAAAAUCUGA